UGUUAGAGCUGUCGGCAUCCUCUGCGUGCUCAGAUAACCACCUGGCCACACCAGGACGCAGAGAAAGGUUUCCGCCUGCUAGUCAUCACCGCUUUUCUUUGAUUGGUGGAUGCAGACGCCGAUGCGCUGCCUGCCACUGAUUGUUUUGCAAGUUUUUGAACUGUCGCAUCCAGUGCGAUAUUAAAGGUGUGAUUUUUUUUCUCUCUCUCUCUCUCCCCGGAAAGCGCCUUUUGAUCAUUCUGUGGCCACGCGCAGUAAUGCGAGCACAGGGGCUGGAGGCUGGCGGAGACCGGGACUGAGUGGCGGAGAUCUCGCAGACACCGCGCGCGUCUUUCUUUGGACACAUCUCGGAGAUAACUGGGGCUUUGGCUUUUUCUUUAGCCUGCGCUUUUUUUUUUCUUCUUCCUCUCCCCUUGACAUUGCGAUGUCCACAAGAAAGACAUCGUUGACGGACAAGCAGGCUAAAAACGGAACCUCAAAAUAUGUGUUGGAGAGAUGCGCUUCUGUUAACGAGUAUUAUGAUGUUGCCUUCAAGGUGAUGCUGCUGGGGGACUCGUCCGUGGGGAAGACGUGCGCCUUGGUGCGCUUUAAAGAUGGGGCAUUUCUGGGAGGCAACUUUAUAUCCACCGUUGGAAUAGACUUUAGGAAUAAAGUGGUGGAUGUCGACAACCUGAAAGUCAAACUCCAGAUCUGGGAUACAGCUGGCCAAGAGAGAUUCCGAAGCGUAACGCACGCCUACUACAGAGAUGCCCAGGCGUUACUUUUGCUUUAUGAUAUCACCAGCAAGCUGUCGUUUGACAAUAUCAGGGCUUGGCUGACUGAAAUACACGAGUAUGCCCAGAAGGAUGUGGUCAUCAUGUUGCUCGGCAACAAGGCAGACAUGGUUGCAGAUAGGGUCGUGAAGAAGGAGGAUGGAGAGAAGCUGGCGAAGGAGUAUGGUGUACCAUUUAUGGAGACCAGUGCGAAGACAGGAGUCAAUGUGGAGCUGGCCUUUCUUGCUAUAGCAAAGGAGCUGAAGCACAGAGCGACACAGCAGCAGAAUGAGCCCAAGUUCCAGAUACACGACUACAUCGAGUCUCAGAAGCACAAGUCUAGCUGCUGUGGACUCAUGUAACUGAUCCUGAUCACCAGGCAGAAAGAGACACACAGAGAGAGAGAGAGAAAGAAAGGGAGGCAGGGAGGGUGUAGGAACGAGAUAUAUAUAUAUAUAUUUAAAAAAGUCAGCUCUCUUACGAAAAAGCCAAUGCCAGCACCAAACCUGAGAAGCAGACAACCUCGCCUUCUCCACUGAGCAUUUAGCUCGAAUGGAAAGUUAAUCUGGAUUGGCCGCCAUCCCUUAUCUAAAAUGUGAAUUUAAAUCUAUUUUAUGUCAUGCGUAGAAGUGUUUGUGGUCUUUGUGGUGACAGUUGUAUUAAACUACAAGUCAGGAGUUGCAAUCUGAAAUGCUAUAUCCAUCUGCAGGGACAAACAUAUAUGUUUAUCUUUCUAUUCUGCAUAGGUGGAAACUCAACAUUUGGGAGUUUGGAUGAAAAAUAUGGCACCCAAGUGAUUUGUGCGGAUCCAAAGAGUUUAAUAUUUGGGGAGAGGAGAUGUUUGCGCUCCACAUGGGCAGACACAUUGCACUUAAAGGGUAACAACACCCUCAAAUUCUGCUUGAACUUGGAGUGUCAGUACCAAAUAUCUAUCAGUUUUCCAUGGGCCCAUGUGAUGUGUUUACUGCCACUGAGGAGAAAUAAAUCUGGCUCAUGCUAAUGCUAGCAGGGGUCAACAAGCAUAAUACAACUCAGAGUUUUGUCUAUUUUGUCACAGUUAAAGAGGAGCCAGAGAAUACGGCUGAACCAAACAUUCAAAUCCGAGCAGACAGAAACAUAAUACCUGUAUAAACAUCAUAUGCCAACAAGAGUCUUUGUGAUUUAUGUGUACUGCACAUAGUUCAGAACCCAGCUCGACUUCAUAGUUUUCCGUUGCUGUUAAACCGAGCUUCAGUAACGUAACCUUGUCCACAGUGAGCUUAAUUACUUGGGCUCUGUUUGGUCCUGCGGCAGAAACUGAAGUCCGGCCCUAUUCUUAGAACUGUCGCCUUUUUUUUUUAUCUUGCAGUUUACAGGCCCGACUUUUGAUAAAUGGCAGUUUUAUAUGAACAAUCAAUACGAUUGUUGAUGUCGAUAUAGCAUUUUGCCCUGCAGCUCUUACUUUGUUUCUAUCCCUGUUUGACCAGGCUGUGAACUGAAUCUCUUUAGCCUGUUCUUUGAUAAUUUGUGUGCGUUUGAGAAGUGGACUUCAGUGUCACAGUCAGAUUGUAGCUAUAAAAUGAUUCCAUCUGUUCACAUCUGUACUGCUGUUAGAUAGAAUAAAGCCAACUUUUUAAGGGCGCUCGCCCACUGUGUGUCUGUCUGUACUACAUUCAAUUCAGGGCCACUGAAACUUCAUUCAAAGUACUGUACAUGUAAUAGUGCUGGAGGAUCAUCCCAAUGUUGCAUCAGGCUUCACACAAAAUGAUAAUUAUCAUUAUUUUCACAUCUUUGGUUCGAGAUUCCUAAGCAUGCUAUUUGCCUUUUAGCAUUCACACACACAGAGGGCACUCCCAAACAUUGUUGCGUCUCCUUUAACGAUGGAUGUUGUUGUACCGAAGCUGUAUUUGCUCACGCAUCGUGUAACUUGUUUCUUUGUACAAUGUUCAUUAUGAAUUGCUCGAUGUCACAUUUGUCCCUCUUCUGAGGCGUCACGGUGGGAGUGUCACAAAGUGCCAUGAAAAAGUGCUUUGUUAUCAUGUUGUAUAAAAAAAGUAUAUUUUGUAAUGUA